AUGGCUCAAAACUGUGAAAAGGCCAGUAAGGAAUUCCCAUUACAUUGGCUCAUUUGGAAUAAUCGUGUAGCUGAAUUACAAGAAAUGUUAUGCAAAGGAGAGCAUGAACAUGAAAAACUCGACAAACAUGGGCGAACACCAUUACAUCUUGCAAUUGCAUUAGGUCAUGAAGAUUGCGUGCGCGUAUUACUCGAAGCUAAUUGUAGCGCCAGUGCCCUCAAUGCUAUGAAAUGGACGGGACCAGUAAUUCAGCACAAUUAUCGUUUCUUUACGUUAGCACUACAAGAAGCGGUUUGUCUGGGUAAACCCAAUAUCUUGAAAAUGGUGCUUAAGUACCGUGAUCGACAACAAAUUUCUAGUAGGGUAGCUGCAAUCCCAGAGUUACUAGAUAUGUUGCAGACUUAUCUAUUAAUUUUAGUUCCCCUGAUUUCUAGAGCCUUUCCAAACGAUGUAUGCAAGAUUUGGAAAAAAGGUGCGUUUCUUCGAGUAGAUACAACGUUGCUAAGCCUAGACGAAAAUAUUGGUAAAACAGGAAAUAGAAGUAUUAUUUUUAAAGCCGCUGAUAAUGGUGCUGAAAUCAUAGAAGUAGAUCAUGAAAAGCGUAAAGCUUGUUCGGAAACAAUCAGUCUUGACGAAAUUGGUAGACGUUUAGGAUCGGAACCCUCAUCGGAGCUAGUAUUUGAACGAUUGAGGAUGCCUGUCACAUCUACUAUCAUCAAUAUUGAUAACAUUGAAUUCUCAAGGCAAAAAAGUGGAAUUUGGGGAUGGAGAACGGACAGAACUGAAGCUGUUAACAAUUAUGAAGCAAAAGUAUACAAUGUUUCAAACGUAGUCGUUAUCGCUAGGACCCGAUAUGAACACCUUUCUGAAGAAGAUAAAGAACGCAAUAAAACUGAAGGUCGAUCGUUUUUUCAUUCCUUGAUGGGUGCCAUUGAACAACACUCGAACGAGAAAGAUAAGACUGAUGCAGUUCCGGAAACGAUUCAGCAAGAUAAACGAGAGGAUAGUUCUGAAAUCGAACAGGCGGAUCUGAAAUCGUUAUCAUCUCAAGAUUAUUUUUACCCUACAGAAGAAACUAAAAAGCAAGAUAUUGGUCGUCCAAAGGAGAUGUCUGUAAAAGAACAGCGACUUAAAGCAUCUUUAUGGCUUUGUGAUGACUAUUAUUUAUCAUUACAAGAGCAAGUGUUACCAAUUAUAAAUUUGAUGGCAAUCAGUAAUCCUCACUUUCAAAAAUUACGCGAUUUUAUCUCUAUGCAACUUCCAUCUGGAUUUCCUAUCAAGAUUGAAAUCCCUCUGUAUCAUAUCCUUAAUGCGCGCAUAACUUUCGCGAACCUGAACGGCGAAAACGAGGCCGUCCAAGGACUAUCUCCGUUGGAAGCUAAGCUAGACACUACCGAUGACGUUAAGCAAAAGAACUAUUUAAUUGAUGAUUCUUGCUUUGACAUUCCGAGCAGUUACUCUAAAGUACUGCAAAGAGAAAGCAAUAACUUCGGAGCUGAUGAGGAAGAUAUGCUAUUGCAAUAUGCUUUGCAGAAAAGCUUAAGCGAUCGGCAAUUAGAAGAAAGCUCAGAAACUACAGCAAUAGGAGAUGAGUUUGUAUAUAGACCGUAUCGGUAUGAAAUGAACGAAAACAAUGAUGCUGAAUUAUCAUGGGCAAUUGAAGAGAGUCUUCGAGCUACUCGAACCAACGAUGCUAAUGUUAAUGUUCAAGAUCCAGAAAUGGCUGACCCAGUAAUGGAUACUUUUGUCACAGCUAACAAUUUCGACGAUCAAUUGAAAAUGGCUAUGCAGCUAUCUACUCAAGUAGCUAAUGAAGAUAGUAGUAGACGUAUUAAAGAGGAAGAGGAAUUGCGUGUUGCGUUAGAACUAUCUUUAUUAGAAAAGUGA